AGGAGCUUCCAUCAACGCAAUUAAAGAGUUCAAAAUGCUCCCAACCGACGGACAUUGAAGAAUCGGAAUCACCACAAUCCCUAAACACGCCCUUCAAGUUGGAAGUCUUGGACGUCUCUGUCUGUGAAUCUAUCAAAAUGCUGGACGUUUCACAGUUUGUCCAUCUAAGGACAUUAGAUGUCCGCAAUAGUUCGAAGCUACUUGAAGUUCGAGGUCUUGACAAAUUGAUGUAUUUGGAAAGCUUGACUAUCGAAUCCCGGAAUUCAAUCAAACGGUUGGACCUUCCAAAAUUCGGGUGUCUGAAGAAAUUGAAUGUUGACGAGUCCGACGAAUUCUUAGACGAGUACAACACAUUAGCCGAAAUUCAAGGCCUUGAUAGAUCGGAGUUUUUGGAAAGGCUAGAUAUCGAAUAUUGUGUUUCAAUUGGAAGGCUAGACCUUCCAAAAUUCGGGAUGCUAAAGAAAUUAGAGGCUCGACAUUGCAAAAAAUUAGCCGAAAUUCAAGGGCUCGAUAGUUUGGAGUAUUUGGAAAGUCUAGAUAUCUCUAGAUGCACUUCGAUUGGAAGGCUAGACCUUCCAAAAUCCGGAAGUAUGAAGAGAGUAAAUGUUGGUUGGUGCAAGAAAUUAGCUGAAAUUCAUGGCCUCGAUAGGUUGGAGUCCUUGGAAAUACUAGAAAUCUCUUGGUGCACUUCAAUUGAAAGGCUACUCCUUCCAAAGUCCGGGAGUCCGAAGAGAUUAGAAGCUAGAGACUGCAAAAACUUGGUUGAAAUUCGGGGCCUCGAUAGUUUGGAGUUUUUGGAAAAAUUGAAUAUCAUUGGAUGCAAGUCGCUCAAAACGAUUCUGGAAUUAUCUGGAACGCAGAUUUAUCGAUAUUAUCAGAUUACAAAUGGCAGAUAUUUCGAACUAUGUCCAUACUGUACGGACGACUCGGAUGUGGAAUAGACCGGAAGGAUCCACAUUUUCUAUUGAAGGUAUAUAAAGCAGAUUUAGAUAAUCGUCUCAAUCUAGAAAUGCCAAAUGCAAGCACAAGCUCUUCUCCUAGUGGUGUGGCUGUGAUGAACUAGCAAAC